UGCGCUUAUCGUGACAGCCUCGGCGCGGCCUUCCUCAGACAACCAACCAGCGGCCUUUCUUUGCCUUCCGCUCCUGGAGGGAAGGGUUGGCCCUCCACUAUCCCAUGAUGCUGUGCGGCCGCGACCCCCAGCCGUCAGUGGCGGCCGCCAUGUUGUGCUAGUUUGUUGUUCUCUUGCGGCUGGUGGUGCGGAGCGGGCGGCGGGAGGGCGGAGUAUCCUCGCCCCCUGCAGCCGGGCGCCGAGCGGGGCCUGCGCCCGAGGCCUUCCCCCCCCCCCUCCGAGCCCUCAUUGCAGCUGCGGGAGACACCGCCAGGAGCGGCCGCCGCCCGCGCAGGAGGAGGCGCCAUGGCUGCUGCCUUGGGAGGAGCAGAUGAUGACUUUGAUCAGUUUGAUAAGCCUGGUGCAGAAAGGUCUUGGAGAAGAAGAACUGGAGACGACGACUGGGACAGUGAACUUGAAGAUGAUUUGCUUGGAGAGGAUUUGCUUACUGGUAAAAAGAAUCAGUCAGACUUGUCAGAUGAAGAACUGAAUGAUGAUCUUCUACAGAGUGACAAUGAAGAUGAACAAAAUUUUAGUUCUCAAGGUGUCACAGUUAGUCUUAAUGCUACAUCUGGCAUGGUUACGUCAUAUGAUUACUCUGAGAACGCUAAUGAUCAUUCGAUAGAACAUGAGUCGGAAUAUGACCAAGGGGAGGAUGAAAUGGCUUAUGACAAAUCGGGUGAACCUGAAGUAUACUCUCAAGAGUAUACAGGGGAAGGACAGUAUGAAGGCAAUGAUGCUGAGCUGACGGAAGACCAAAUAGAAUAUGGGGAAGAACAGGGAGAGGAAGAAAUUUACAAUGAUGAAGUGCUAGACCUUGAAAUCAAUGAACCUCUAGAUGAAUUUCCAGAUGAAGAUUAUAUACAGUCAUAUAAUGAACAACAAGGGAUGGAAGAACAGGAAGAAUAUGUAGCUGAAGAGGAAUUGGAGGAGGUCGCUGAUUCCCAAACACCUACAAAUGAAUCAGAAGAGGCAGCUAUUGAAACUCUGGAACUUCAGGAGGAAACAAAAGAAGAAUCUGAUGAAGAGGAGGAGGAGGAUGAACAAUCUGGACGACUACGUUUCAAAACUGAACGAAAAGAAGGAACCAUCAUUAGGCUCUCAGACAUAACGAGAGAGAGGAGAAACAUUCCAGAAACAUUGGAACUCUCAGCAGAAGCCAAAGCAGCGUUAUUUGAAUUUGAAGAAAGGGAAAGACAGCUUAAACAGGGACGCUACGGCUCAAGGAGAGGAGGGAGGAGAGGAGGUUCCAUAAUGUGUCAUGGAAUGGGAGAACAAAGAAGAGACAACAAUGAAAGGGGAAGAAUGAAGGAUCACAGGCCUGCGCUGCUGCCAACGCAGCCACCAACAGUGGGUCAUUCACAGAGGUUAAUUCCUCCUCACCAGCAGCAGCCUAUUAGGAGUCUGUUCCAGCAGCAACAGCUACAAACGCUGCUUCCUAUGCAGCAUCAACACCAUUCAUCUCCUCCUCCAGGACUACAUAUGCCACCCCAGAUAGAAAAUCCUGGAAUAAUGAUGACUCCACCCCCAGUGACACCCCAGCAACCGAAGAACAUACAUAUAAACCCACAUUUCAAAGGGACAGUAGUGACGCCUGUGCAAGUGCCCUUGUUGCCAGUCCCAACCCAGCCAAGACCUGCUGUAGGACCCCAGAGAUUUCCUGGCCCUCCAGAUUUUCAGCAGCACCCUCCUGGACCUGUUCCUACCAACUUCACCCAAGCCCCAAGAAUCCCUCUACAGGACCAGUGGAGAGGCCCACCUCCACCACCUAUGCCUCCACCACCACCACCUCCUCCUCCUCCCCAGGAAAGAGACCCUUUCUUCCUGGGAGAUCCAAGAUUCCCAAGUCAUCAUUUGUUCGAGCAACGGAGUCCCCCACCUCCACCCCCUCCACCACUCCUUAACAGUACCCAUCCUGUCCCUACCCAAAAUCCUCUGCCUUUCAAUCAACCUGGACCAGGAUAUAAUCAGCAAGGGCAGCAACCAGUAUUUCCCAGAGACAGACCAGUAAGGCCAAACAUCCAGCCUCAGAAUCCUGCUGGAAUUCUUCACUUCAGCCAACCAGGUUCAGCAAAUCCACGGCCUUUCAUGCAACCCAGACAACAAUUCUUACAAAACCCAGGACAGCCAUUUCUAGCAACACAUACACAGCCCAAUAUGCAGGGUCCCUUGCACCCUCCUCUACCGCCUCAGCCUCACCAUCAGCAACAACAACACCACCACCAGCAGCAGCAGCACCACCACCAACAGCAACAGCAGCAGCAGCACCAGCAGCUUCAUCAGCAUCAGCAUCAACAUCAGCAUCAGCAUCAUCUUGCCGGUCCACCGCAACCUUUGAUUCCCAUUACCCAGCCACAGUUCAGACCUCAUUUGCAGCCUUCACAGCAACAGUCAAAUAACAAUAGAAUGCAGUGUCAACAGCGGCAGGGUCCAAUGAAUCCAAGACAUAGUACACCAACACAGAACAUGGUCAAGCGUCCAAAUCAGCAGCUACAGUCAACUGCUUCAAGGAAUAGCAACUUGCGUGAAUUACCAAUAGCACCUUCGCAUGCUAUUGAGAUUACUAACAACCGGCGAACCGCUGCCCCUGCUGCGCAGGUGAAACCCAUUACCAGCACGACACCUGCUACAAGAUCUGUAGUAGGUGUUGGGAGCCCACAUGGGAGAACUGAAAUGAAAGCUAGAACAGUCGUGCCAGUGGUCCAAACUAAAGUAGAAGUAAAAUCUGAACCAGAGUUUCCUGAUGAAGAUGAAGAAACCAGAUUAUACCGCUUGAAGAUAGAAGAACAGAAACGCCUAAGAGAAGAAAUUCUGAAACAGAAGGAGCUGAGACGGCAGCAGCAGGCAGGGGCUAGAAAGAGAGAGUUACUUGAAAGACUUGCACAACAGCAGCAACAGCCUCCUACACAACAAUCUUUCACACAGCAGGAAGAGGAAUCAUCAGAGUUUCCCACCAACGGAAAUCCAUUUAUAGUCCAUCCUGGUGCACAGGCCAGGCAAAAUGUGAAAAAUAGACUUCUUGUUAAAAAGCAAGACAUGGUAGUUGCAAAUAUUCAGCCCAAACCCACAGAUUUCAUGCAAGAUGAGGCUAAUAUGCAUUUUCAAGGACAGCAAGUGAAAACAGUGAAGCCUUUGAGACAGACUAGAACAAUACCACAAAGUCAGCUUCAGCCAUCGCCAAAAGUAUUACAAACAAAACCUGCAGCAACUACAGCAUCAGUCACCCCAGGACAGACUGCUAGGGUGGCAUCGAUACAAGGAAGGCCUCAGGAACUGAAACCUGGUGUGAAAAGGACUGUCAUGCAACGGGCAAACACUGGUAGUGGAGAUGGGCCCCAUGUCGGCACCAAAGUGAGGGUGAUUAAGUUGUCAGGAGGGCAGGAGGGGGAGAAUGUUGGCUUUGUGCAGCCAGAGGGCCAGCCCCAACGCCUCCAACAACCUCUAGAACUGAGACAGCAGCCAAUGCGGAAGGUCACAUUGACAAAGGGACCACUCCAGCAGCAGCAGCAGCAGCAGCAGGCUCAGAUACAUUCAACAGUUCCACAAGGAGUCAAAAACAUCCAAGGGAUUCAUCCAGCUAAAAAGGUCAUUAUGCAUGGGAGAGGCAGAGGAGUAGCAGGCCAGAUGGGCCGAGGACGCUUGAUGCCAAAUAAACAGAACCUGCGAGUGGUGGAGUGCAAACCUCAGCCCUGUGUUGUGUCAGUUGAAGGGCUUUCUUCAUCAACUACUGAUGUCCAACUGAAAAACCUGCUGAUGUCAGUAGGACCCAUUCAGAGUUUACAGAUGCUUCCUCAGCAACGGAAAGCCAUAGCGAAAUUUAAGGAACCAGCACAUGCAUUAGCAUUUCAACAGAAAUUCCACAGGCAUAUGAUAGAUCUAUCCCACAUUAACGUGGCUUUGAUAGUUGAGUGAGCAUAGCUGAUAACGCUCAUAGAGGCAUACUGUGGAGCUACACAUGGAGAAGAUACAAAGGCAAAACCAUCAGGAUCUGAAGUCUUUUCAGUUUACAGUCUUUCUUUAACUGCUCUGUAGAACUACAGAAAGUAACAAGAUUUCCUCAAGAUAAGCUGAACCUAAGAGGAUCUAGCAAAGUGGAGUUUUUGUGUUCAAUUUCUUCACAUUCGGUUGUAACCCCAUGGAACUACAAGAUUUUUUUUUCAAAGUGCUUACAAUGCAUGUAGACAUUGUUCUUCAAGAUCGUACUGUGUGAUCACAGUGACUUGUUGAGAAAAAGAACACUUACAUUGAAAAAUUUAAAAAGUUUCUUCAUAGCAAAGAAUAUUUGAUAAUGGUUGCUCUUAUCUUCAGUGCAGGGUAUUUAUAUGAGAACUCACUUCUCUAAACAAAACACACAUGUAUGUUGUUCCUCUGAGAAGAUAGAAGGUGCAUUCUUAUAUAGAUUAAGACGUGAUCUACUUGAUUGAGGAUAAUAUUCUGAGAGGCUUUGGAGGUGACACUGGAAGGCUGUAGUUUCGGUUUUUGCAUCUUCUAGUCUGACACAUUCCCUCUUUACUCCCUUCCCCCUCCCUUUGUGAAAUGAAAACACUUUGUAGGAAUAACAUUGCUACAUUCCUCCCCCGCCCCCCAUAGUUUAAAAGGAAGGAUCUUGAUCUUCACCUUUCAGUAGCAUAAUGGGGUAGUUUACUUCAAGUAGUAUUUUAUUACAGUUUAAAUUGUUUUUUAAAAGGGAUUGCAAGAUACGAGGAAAAAGUGAAACACUUACCCUCAUUUUAAAAAUAGGGUGACACAGAGAAAGUGGUACAUUCCCAAUAGCGUUUCUUUGUGCCACUAUUGCAGAGUAUGCUUCCUCUUAAUCUUUGUCAAUUAGUAUUUUUCCUUGAAAUUUAUUUUGUGACCAAUACUAAACCAUUUAAAAAAAAAAUAUUGCAAAGGCAUUAGAAUUGUGGCAUGGUGUUCCCCACAAAGAUGGGAUUAUGAGGAUGUUACGCUGUGGGUGAAAUUGGCAGUUCUAAAAAUUAUGUGCAAACAUUAAAGGAGAUUGCAUUUUGUAGUUGGUAAAAUCCAUUAUACUUCCUUUGGGUUAGAACCGUCUGGAUGGUAUUUCCAAAAGAACAAGUUUUCAUUUACUUUUGGACAAAUUUAGCAAAAUGCCAUUGUUUAUAUCCAAUUGCAGGUUUUAUGAAACAUUUUCUUAGUUUUUAUUUGGUGGGGUUUUCCUUCAUUCUUUAUUUUUAGCAUAUACUUUUGAGUGCUGACCUACUUUUUGAAGUGGGCACCUACGGAAACUUCAUAGUCUUUGAGGAUACUCAAGUAACCGAAACACUAACAUGAUGUAGUGAAUCUGCAGGAGCUUGCGAAUGGGGUCUAAACGAGUGCCAGAAUAUGGAAGAAUGGCAGUUUGAAGCAAAUUAGCUGCGGUAAACCUUAGCUUGUAUGUAAGAUUUAGUGGUGACAGAGUUCACAUAGGCUUUCUAGCUGGCUUUCUCACAGCAGAGUGUUUUGUACUCAUUUCCAAUGAAGUAGAAGUUACUAAAAAUUAAUGAUUGAGCAAAAAAUAGUGUCUAAAGUUUCCUAGGUAAAACUGCUUUCUUUUUCCACUGAAAUAAUAUGAGAAUAAUGUAGUGUAUUAACAUUAUUACAAUGGGAAAAUGAAAAUGUUUAAGGACUAGUGGUUUCUAAAGCCAUUUGCAUCUUAGCAAAGCGUGUAUCUUAGCAGAUCACAGUAAGAUCAUUAGAAUAUUCACGUAUGAAAGUGGGUUUUCUCACAUUUGCAUAUCUCUAAAUCAUAACAUUUGGCGCAGUGCAGCACAGUUCAUGUUCUUUGCUCAGGACAGAUCCAAGACUGGGAGUAGCAGAUGUGUCACAGUUAGAAAUGAGUUGGUGGGGCUGCAUGUGAAGGCUAGCAUGACACCUGACUUCCAUGGUGCUUGGCUCUCACUAGUGCUCUUCCCUCCUCACAUCCACCAUUACUAAACCCCACAAAUACUGUGUUUUUAAUUGUUAAAAAGGAAUGCUUACAUCUCAGAUGGGCCAUUAAAGAUGGUGACGUACCCACUGUUAAGGAACAGCUUCUCUGUGAGGGGAAGAUUGGAAAAAAUCCAGAAAAUAAAUGGAUCCGAGUGUCUGCCCAUGGGAGUAUGGGUCGGAUGUGGCUACAAAUAGCUCAGUAAGGGGAGUCCAGCAGUGGGCAAGUCUGCAGCUGAUCUGCUGUUCUUGUAUAAGCAGAUGAUGAUGUUGGAAUAUGAGCUUUUUUGAGGCCUAAAGAAUAGGGGCCCUAUCCAAAACCUGAAAAAGUCAGUGGAAAGUCUCAUACUGACUUCAGUGGGUUUUGAAUCAGUCCCUAGGAGAGCAACAUUUUGCAACUACAGGAUUAAGAAUUUUUAGUCAGGGUUUUUUAAACUUUUCCCCACAUAACCAUCCGGUGGCAUUGAAAACAAAGACAUGAGCAAUGUCUCCUUAACUUACUAAAUAGAUUGGAGCGAUGUAAGCAUUGUUUAAUAAUUGUAUAUAUCCCUCUUUAUAGACUGUUACUUUAGAUGACUGCUUAUGCAUAGAUAGAGUGCAGACAUAUUUGAUAGUGACUGUAGCUGCUUAUCACGGUAGCUGGGUAUUAUAUGGGAACUGUGAGUGUGUUCUGUAUGUAUGUAUGUUUAUAUGGAUACAAUUAUGUACAUCCAUCCAUCCUGUAUAUUACAGAUCUUUUGAACAGGAUGAUCUUCAAAAAAGUACCGUAGUAACAACCACCAUUAGGUUUAGGCAUGCACUAAAAAGGUUUCAAUAAAACAUAUCUUCAGUAAUAAACUCGUAACUUAAAACUGGAUUUACUGGCAAUGACCAGUUUGAACGAUAGCAUCACAGUUUGGUUCCAUUUGUUGUGGUUCCUCCCACAAAAGCAAAGGAAGUAGAGGUAAAAUUAGAAAACUGUUAUUUCCAUGUUCUCUUACAGCACUUCGUUAAAUCUGGCCAUUUUAAGUUAAUUUUCUUGGAAGAUCUGUUGCAACCAUUAUCUUGUUCUUUCUUUAUCAUGCAUUUAAAAUAAGAUGCAGAAUGCAAAAAUUGCAUUUAAUAUACAAUGUAAAUAUGGAACUUUUAAAAUUAAAAGAUGUUACUCAGAGUGCUUACAAUUCAACCACAUCUUAGCUACUUGUUAGUUUUUUUUGUGUUGUCUUAUCUAAGUUUAAUGGACAUAGUUCCAUAAAUGUUGAUGUGUUUUUGUGUAUCUCUUCAAUUUUUUAUAAAGAUGCUAGUAAGUCAAUACAUAUAUCCUGAUCUGUGUAUUAUUUGUUCACAAGUUUAAGAGAAACUUAAAUUUAGUAAUGCUAUUUUAAUAGGUAAAUACAGUAGGUGAUUAUGUGGAGCCAAAUAUAUAUUUUUUUCUUUUUCAGUUAUCUUGUUUUGAUCUUGUGGCACUUCUAAGUUCAUUUUACUCUAUCAUAUCACAUCUUGGCUACUAGAUUGGUCUGGCCAUAUUAUGUGUGAAAUUAUAGAAGAAUGUUCUUAAUUUCUUUUAAAAGGCCUUUGUCCUUAAAGAUUAAGCGGAUUAUACAUUACACUAGAUCUUCACAUUCUCAUGUCGGACCAAGGUUUGGGUUUCUGGGAGGGUUCUUUAUGUUGUAUGAGUACAAAGAGGUUAGUCUCAGAGAGCAGGGUGGCACGUUUUGUAUGAUGAAAAGAAACCGUUAAACAUAAUUGAGGAGCUUGGUAAAAUCCUAUGGAUAGGGAGAGGCAUAAGUGCAGACCUACAGAAUCUUCAUAAAUACAGGAAUUGCUACAAAAUGUUUUAUAAACUAUAGUGACAGACUUUUUUAAUUUAGCAGGCUGAUGUGGGCCAAGAAUGACUGAUUUGUCUCCAAUGUAACUGGACAAAAGAUUAUGAUGAUAUUUAUAAAUAUUGAAGUCAAAUCUACAAAAUAUCAGACAAAAAUAAAUCUUCAAACGAAUAGGUUUAAUUCCCAUUUGGGGGUUGGUUCUGAAAACUCACUUUUAAUUUUCACAGCUCUUCUUAAGGCCAUUUUAGUAAGUAAACUACCAGAUCUUCAUUGGGCAUCUUAAUUCCUUUCAUAGUUGGAUUCCAUUGCAAAGAUUUAGUCUAAAGAACUUUUACAGAUGCCUC